CACUGAUAUUUCAGUUUUGCGUGCGAUACAUUGCUCGAAGAACAACGCAUCUACUCACUGUGUUCGAUUAUUUAUCGAUACUAUUGAUUCUAUAAAUAUUUAAGUUGACUGUGUAAAACAUCAUCGAGGUACAACAUGGCGAGACAUAUGGUCUGUUGUUUUCUCAUUGGAAUGGCUAUGCAAGCUCUCCUUGUGUCUGCAGGGCGCCCGGAUUUCAUUACCGAUGACAUGAUGGCAAUGGUUGCGGAUGAUAAGGCGCGAUGCAUGAGUGAACAUGGAACCACUGAAGCUCUUAUCGAUGAAGUCAACACUGGAGCCCUCCCCAACAAUCGAGCUUUGACCUGCUACAUGGACUGCCUGUUCGCAGCUUUCGGAGUCAUUGACGAGGGUGAGCUUGAAGUAGAUAUGUUGGUAGGAUUCCUCCCCGAUCACAUGCAGGAUGCAGCUAGAGAUCUUCUGGAGACUUGCGCCAAACAACCUGGAGCGGAUCCAUGUGACAAAGUCUUCGAGAUUGCUAAAUGUGUACAAGCAAAACGACCAGAUCUGUGGUUCAUGAUCUGAGCUGGUCAACGGAGAAAAAUCAAGAAGGCUGGGCGAGUUUGCAGAUGAACGAGUGUAAUCAGUUAAUUGAAAAUGUCAGCAGUUGGAGAAUAGCAGGAAAGUAGUACAAAAGAAUAUGAAGAAGAAGACAAGAUACUUCAGCCGGAAAUUUUCACCAGUCAUUGACCUUCAAUUCCUCCGACCUUGGAUCGAUAACCAAUCCUGACAGAUUGUAAUGGGUGUGCGUGUCAUUCGAUGCCUGAAUACGUAAUACAUGUGAUAAGCAACGAAAAUUUAUUAGAGCAGUUAUUAAGGCGAUAUGCUGAAGGAUUAAGAUACUUAAUCAGUGAUGAAUCAAUAGACAGAAUUAUUCCAAUAAAAUACAAAUAUGCAAACGUA